AUGCCCCCUCGCCGGUCCCUAGCAGGCCACCGGCCCCGGCGUGCCGCCGCGGGAGCGGGCGCUGCCCUCCAUGCCGGCUGCUGCCGCUGCCGCCGCCUCACCGCGACCGCCGCGGUCCUUCCCCCAUCCACCCCUCCGCCUCCGCCGGGCGCGCACAGGCGCAGGGAUACACGCCCGCCCCUCGGCACCGCUCCCUUCGGGGAGGGCCGGAGCGGAGGGGCGGGGGCGCGCAGCUCCCGUCUCCCGGGCGGGAUCGCGCUCAGCCCCGGCUGCCCCGCAGAGCCCCGGCGGGGAGCGCGGCCCGGGGGGGCUCCCGGAGUGAGGGAGCUGAGCGGGAUUACGGCACCCCCCGAGCACAGGGACGGGCCGAGGUGGGGGGCGGCCGCAUUCCAGCGGGACUACUUUGCCUCCCCUCGCCCCCUCCGCCGCCUGCGAUGCGGUUCAGCCCUGGCCCGGCAGGACGGGACUACUUUCUGCCACAGAGCUGUGGCGGCGUCCGGGCGGCUGCACAAAGGCGGCGAUCUCCAUCCCCGUCCUGAUCCCGAUCCCUCCGGCUCCUGGGACGGGCUGGAACACCGGAGCCUCGCCCGGGGGCUGGGGGGCAAAAUGAAGUUACGGUCUGUUCCCCCGGUGUGCAGACUGAAGAGCAAUAAAUCCCGGCCUUUCCCAGAGCUGAGGGAGCGGGCGUCCCUUAGCAGCAGGAAUUGCUGCCCGGCUGAUAUGAGAAAAUCUACUUCAUGAUUCCAACGCAUCUAAACGUUUUCAUUAAGUCUAGACAUCUACAUCACCUUCUCCCUCCCUCACAGAAUGUGACAGCUGGUGAGUAGAAUAAUGAUAUGAAGCAGAACAACUUGGAGCAACAUUUGAGG